CUCGCAAGCUUUACGGGCAGUUUUCCUACCACCUCAAUUACGAUCGAAACCAAACCAAUCCUUAUUCGCCGGUUUCCUUAUUUUCUUGGACUUUUUACGCAAAGCCGUAAAAAAAAUCGUAAGUGUUGUAAUUUCUGAUAUUAUUCGACAACAGUUGACUAAAGUCCCCGAAAGGAUCACGAAGGCUCACGGUGCAGGUGUUCGUCCAUAUGGCCGGUCCUUAUCUCUCACCCUUAGGGCCUCAGGCCGAUCUACUUACCGAGUAUAUGUUCGGUCGUCGUCGUCAGAGGCGUAAUCGGACAACAUUUACGCCGCAGCAAUUGCAAGAAUUGGAAUCCCUAUUCCAGAAGACUCAUUAUCCAGACGUAUUCCUGAGGGAAGAAGUUGCUCUUCGAAUUUCACUCUCGGAGGCACGCGUUCAGGUAUGGUUUCAAAAUAGACGAGCAAAAUGGCGAAAACAGGCUCGUCUUCAAUUACUACAAGACGCAUGGAGAAUGCGUUGCUUAGGAUUAGGUAGUGCUACACCUCUUCUUUUGAGACCACCGCCGGCAACAGGAAUAGAAAGAUCAGAUGCCUCGUCACCACCACCGCCGUCGGCCUUAUCUGAGCCCUCUCUUUCUUCUUCUUCUUCUUCUUCUUCUGCCGAGAAAUUGGUCGAAACAGGUGCGGCUGCAGCUGCAGCCGCCGCUACCGUACCAAUUUGCAGAGACUAUCGUUUACUUUCUGCUGCUCAUGGCUAUUCCAUGCAUUGUGACAAGUCGAACGACAAAGUUAAGUGCGGAUGUGGAUCUCCACCACGGAUUUGCAGUAGUUCUCCGGAAAAAGAUAUAGAACAGAGUAUUAGAGAGAGACCUCAAGAUACUGAAAUCGAUUUAACUAUGAAAGGCCCUCAUACCUCGAGGCACGUUCAAAUAACAACAACACCGUUUAACAUGAUAAGUACAUCGCAGCAAACUUUGAGACAUACCGAACAUGUGGAUGAGCCGUUGGACGCGAGACUUAGCAGUAAUAGAAAUAAUUAAUAUAAUCAUACAUAAUUAUAUUCAUAUUUAUGUAUGCGAGACAGACAGACUUUUCGCCUGUAACAAAAACAAACGUUUACAAUAUCAUCAGUGUAAUUUUGAGGACUUAGAUAUUUCCGCAAAAAAUUCUUGAAGUUAAUACGAUUAUUGUUCGAUUGAAUAUUCAUAUUCAAAUGAUCGAUCAUAGAGCCACGUUCAUAUCUAUAUACAUUAUUAUUUCACUGUUUAUGAGCACACUUUUCAAAAUAAGUUUCCAUUAGAAAUUAAGAUACCAGAACAUAUAAACAAAGUGUGAUAGCUCAUACAUCGAAAUAUGGGAAACCCUAAACCUGUUAUUUUUUCUCUUAUUCAUAACACCAUGAGUAGUUUCAAAACAUUAGAAAGGCCGUAUGAAAGCUUCUUCAAUUUUAUACUAUCGCUCGAAUAUUUAAAAAGAGAUAAUACAUGUAUUUCUACUCUAUGUAUUCAUGUCCACAAAUUUGGUGUGACUUUUGAAUACUAUUAAAUCUUUAUGAUAGUUUCUUGGAUAUGCUUCAAUAGAGAAGACAAGAUCCUUGCAUUUAAAAUCAAGAACACUUUACAAAUUUGGACUUGAUCAAUGAUAUCGCAUUAACACGAUUUAUACAAACAAAAUAAGAUUUUUAAAAUGCAUAAAAAUUGAUACAAGUACCUGAAUCGAGUAAUAUUCGUUGGAAAAUCCCUAUACCCAAAUAUUAACGCAUUUUAAUGACAUUUUUUUAAUAGACUUUCACAUUUAUGAGAUGUAUUUUGUUUUUUGUGAAUAGAAUAAAUAUAACAGAAUUUUUAACAUUAUAAACUAUAGUG